UAGGGGGCCGAAGUUGUCCCUUAUUUAUUUAUUUAUUUACAUAUACAUACUUCAAGAGUUGCCUACAUGUAUAACAUAAAAUUAAAAUUCUUGUAAAUCCGCUUCAAUUCCCCCCGCCAAACCCUUUCGCCGCUGCUUCCUCUCUCUCCGCCGCUCUCCUCCGGCCAUUCUAUCAGGCACUACUACAUCACUGCCAAUUUUCUUGUCAAGCUUUGAACAGAUCCAGUGAAGAGGUACUUAGUUUUACGGCUCCACAAUAACUAUAGCAUCAACAACGUCCAUUCUUAUAUCCAAAUUAGUAUGGAUUCUGUAAAAUCGGUUAACUUAUCCAUACAGGAUAAUGUACUUCAGCCACUCUUUAUUUCUUCCGGCUCUUCGACUUUACACGAAGCACUAGAGCGGCUAAUCGAAACUGCCAAAACUUCCGAUGGACGAUUAUCCCUUUCUUCCAAAGAUAUUAUCAAACCAGCCCUCGAACUUUGCCAAUAUCCUUUACGAGUCCCACACCAAGAACUUCUUUUAGCCGUAAAACUACUUCGAAACAUGUGUGCGGGUGAAAUUAAAAACCAGGACCUAUUUAUCGAACAAAACGGCGUUGGUAUUCUUUCAACCCUCGUUGGUUCUAUGUGUUCGAAUUCUGGUUCUGAUAAUGAGAUACUUCGUAUGGUAUUGCAAGCGUUGGGAAAUGUUUCGUUAGCCGGUGAAAAACAUCAAGAAGCUGUGUGGGCCCAGUUCUUCUCCCUUGGAUUUAUCGAUAUUGCUCGAGUUCAAAGCAAGGAAACAUGUGAUCCUUUGUGCAUGGUUAUCUACACAUGUUCUGAAGGUACUAAUGAAAGAUCGGGUGAACUGCUUUCCGAUCAGGGGCUGGAUAUCAUUGUAGAAAUCGUACGAACAGUUACAGCAGUCGGUUUUAGUGAGGAUUGGUUGAAAUUGCUCCUUUCAAAGAUCUGCUUUGACGAAUCCUAUUUUUCGUCAAUUUUCUCUAAAUUAUCCGAGAACUGCGACGAAGACGUACCGCAAAUUUCUCAUUUUGGAGACCAAGAAGCAUUCUUGCUGAGCAUUCUUUCAGAAAUAUUAAACGAGCGGCUCGGAGAAAUUGUAGUCUCGAGCGAUUUUUCUUUGUCAAUUUUUCAGAUAUUGAGAAAUGCCGUUGAGAUUGUCGAUUUCAGCACAAGGGCAAAAUCGUCUCUUCCAACCGGUUCAUCCGUUACUGAUGUUAUGGGCUACGCUCUCUCCCUCAUAAGAGAUAUUACCGCGUGCGACGGUCCAAACGUGGAUACAUUAUUGCGGGCCGGGCUUAUUAAAUUUCUUAUAGGCCUGCUUCGAAAUUUAGAGCCUCCAACAUUGAUUAGGAGAUCAACGGUCCGCGCAGAUACUGAAGACGAUACGACUCCUCGAUUUUCCAAGUACUGCUGUCCUUACAAAGGCUUUCGAAGAGAUAUUGUGGGCGUUAUCGGAAACUGCAGCUAUGGGAGGAUUAGUGUGCAGGAUGAGAUACGAGAGCAAGAUGGGAUUCUUUUGAUGCUGCAGCAGUGUGUGACGGAUGACGAUAACCCGUUUUUGAGGGAGUGGGGAAUUUGGUCGAUGAGAAAUAUUUUGGAAGGGAACGUUAAAAAUCGAGAAUUGGUUGUUGAGUUGGAGGUGCAGGGAUCUGUUGAUACUCCUGAAAUUGCUGGAGUUGGGCUUCGAGUUGAAAUCGAUCCUGUGACUCGUCGGCCAAAGCUCGUUAAUGCUUUGUGAAGAUUCUCGAGUGGUUGGAUGAAAGAAUCGGUAGCUCGAGAUGGAAGGAUCGAACGGGGGCAUGCAUGAAUGUUGAAAUGGGAACUGGCAAGGCGAAACAUUUUGUGCAGUGUGGAUUUCAACAUUCAAGAAAACAGAUUAUUCAGACAAGUGUUAGUGACUGCAUCAAGGAAUGAUGAACAUUGCAGAAUGUUUCACAAUCAGAAUAUGAUUUGAUCAUAAAUUAAAGUUUAAUGUAUAUCUCUAAUUAGCUCUAAGUAGAUUGCAUAAUUAGAGCUAAAAAUAUUUGCAUGUUUUUGGGGUCUAAUGUAACGUCUUGUUUUCUUGACUUUCUCAACAAUAAGCAUAUUUACUCUUCUCUUA